AUGACGAGGCGCGCGAUCGAGCAGCAAUCUCCCCGCUACUUCCGGGCUUCUUCCUCAUCAACCGCCCAUCCGCAGGCACCGGUUACUGUUGCUGAACCCCGGUCGCAACGAAUCCAUUCUACUAGCCUUGGCAUCACAAUAAGACCAAGAGCCGAAGACGCGCUGGCGCCAGCAGGCGACGAUGCGGUUUCGACCACGAAGAAGAAGUUCUUCACCAUAAUCAGGGCUGGAUUGCUUGUCCCUGGUGAUGGCAAGCCUCUUCACGAUGCAGCGCUAGUGAUCGAAAACAAGAUCAUUGCCUGGGUUGGCUCCCAAGCUGAAGUGCCAGAUGAAUAUACGGAGGCCCCGCACCGGAGCUUCGAUAUAGAUUAUCUCAUGCCUGGCUUAUGGGAGGUUCAUGCACAUUUUGAUGGUUCGAGCCCUUCAGACCCGGACCUCGGCUAUCUCGCAUUCCUCUCAACCCAUCCCGCCGCUGCCGGUGCGCGUUUGGCGAAGCAGUGCUGGGAGGCCCUCCAGCGCGGUUAUACGUCCCUACGCGACGUUGCUGGACUUGGGUGUGAAGUCGCACAGGCAAUUGACGAUGGAUCCAUUGUUGGUCCGAAUGUUUACAGCUCAGGCGGUGCCUUGAGCCAGCUGGGUGGCCAUGGCGACAUCUUUGUCAUCCCUGCUGGAGACGUACUUCUCAACUUUGGCGUGGGCAACAUUUCAGCGGGGCACCAUGGGACAGGGCCGGUGGUGAUCGUCGACGGUGUCGAUGAGUGUCGUCGAGGAGUACGGCUUCAAAUCCGGCGCGGCGCCAAGUGCAUUAAGGUCAUGGCUUCUGGCGGCGUGAUGUCACGGGAUGACAACCCGCUCUACGCCCAGUUCAGCAAGGAAGAACUCGACGUGAUCGUCCAAGAAGCGAACAGGCAGGGCCGUGCUGUUGCUGCCCAUGUUCAUGGCAAGCCGGGUAUUCUAGCUGCUGUGAAUGCCGGGGUUACGACAGUAGAGCAUAUGUCCUUUGCUGACCAGGAGUGUAUGGAUGCCAUCAAGGAGAAGGGCACGAUCUACGUUGCUACACGCUUCAUCGUCGAUUUGUUACUUCAAACUGGCGGGAAAGGCCUUUCGAAAGAACAGUGGGCAAAGGCCAAGCUUUGCGGUGCAAAUCACGAGGCCGCCUACAAGCUGGCUAUUAAGAACGGUUUGACGUUUGCCCUCGGCACGGAUACAGCACCCGGAGACAACUGCGCCAUAGAACUCGAAUACGCCGUGAAGGCUGGUAUGAGCAAUCUGGAAGCGAUCAAGGCCGCUACCGCGAACGGCCCCCUAACGGUCGGAGCUCAGGCUCCAAAGUCGGGGCAGCUAAAGGCUGGCUACGAGGCAGACAUCAUUGGCCUCACGGAAAACCCGGUGGAGGAUGUCAAGGUGUUACAGAACAUAGAUGUCAUCAAGUAUGUCUUCAAGGGCGGUAGGCUAUUCAAGGGGCCAGGCGUUGGGCCCUGGGGUGAGUAA